AUGAAUGGUCCAUACCACUGCUAUAAAUUGUGUAAAGAAUGGCUGGUACGUGAAGACAGCGCGCUAGCCUAUAAAUUGCAAUCACAAGAAAUAAAUGACUUCUACAAAGGCAAUCGACAGCGAAACGCUGUGGUACGUGAGGAUUUUCCCACCGCUUUGAAUGAGCAAAUCAAGGAGAAGGAACAGGCCGAGCGGCAAGUGGAAAUGUAUCGAAGUCGUCUGCUUGAACAGGAAGCAUAUGAUAAGCGUGUAGCGAAGGAAAUCGCCGAAAAGUUGGAACGUAACUUACAGGAACAGAGGCAAAGAGAGUUGCUGGAGAGCGAAGAAAUGGCGCAGCAGAUGCAGGAGCUCUAUGUGAAUUUGCCGCCACCAAUGCGCGGAAAGGCGCAUGCGCUACCGCCACGUCCAGCUAAAGCAAGUAUCUUGCAACAGAAUCCCAAUGAACCCUCAACAUCGAACGGUAGAUAUUUCGGUAGUAAUAGUGGUAGUGGUAGUAGUAGACAGCAUCCGAGACAUCAUCAGCAUCAACAACAACAGCUAUCACAAUCACCACAAACGCCACAUCAGCCACAGUCACAACAACAAUUGUCGCCCACAUCAUUUCUUUUGCAAGAACAGCAUUUCUCACAAACUGAUUGUUAUGUAGGCCUAACGGUACAAAAGACUUCAUCACCUAUAACUACCACAUCUGCAGCAUUGUCGUCAUUAGCAAAUGCAGUAGAUUCACCUUCGCCACCAACAUCUUCCACACGCCAACACAACAGAUCACAAAUAAAUGCACUGAGCAACAACAACAGAAGCAGCAGCAGCGGCUCAUCUGCUGGCGGUCACUUGUUGGUGAGUUUCAAUGAAGCAACAACCACACACUAACCGCUUUCGCGCAUUGAACGGUGACUCUUUACAAACAACAAAACUAACAAAUUCAU